AAGACGCGCCGGGGCGGACCCGGGAGGCGCGCGGCCCCUUUAAGGCUUGGCCUACGUGGCAGCCGCUGGAGUCGCAGCCGACGCGGAGCGAGGCCGGCCGCCGGGCACUUCCUGUGGAGGCCGCAGCGGGCGCGGGCGCCGACGGGCGAGGGCCAGCGAGCGAGCGAGCCGAGCCGAGCCCAGCCUCCCGCCGUCGCCAUGGGCCAGAACGACCUGAUGGGCACGGCUGAGGACUUCGCCGACCAGCGUCUGUUCCUCACGCACACCCCGUCCAAGGACAUGCCCGGCAGCGGCCUGGUGCUCCCCGCCGCAGCCACCUCACCCUUGGGUUUCUGUGGCCCUGCAGUUCCUCCGUGUCACAAAGCAGUACCUGCCCCACGUGGCGCGCCUCUGUCUGAUCAGCACCUUCCUGGAGGACGGCAUCCGCAUGUGGUUCCAGUGGAGCGAGCAGCGCGACUACAUCGACAGCACCUGGAACUGCGGCUACCUGCUGGCCUCAUCCUUCGUCUUCCUCAAUUUGCUGGGACAGCUGACUGGCUGCGUCCUGGUGUUGAGCAGGAACUUCGUGCAGUACGCCUGCUUCGGGCUCUUUGGAAUCAUAGCUCUGCAGACGAUUGCCUACAGCAUUUUAUGGGACUUGAAGUUUUUGAUGAGGAACCUGGCCCUGGGAGGAGGCCUGUUGCUGCUCCUAGCAGAAUCCCGUUCUGAAGGGAAGAGCAUGUUUGCGGGCGUCCCCACCAUGCGUGAGAGCUCCCCCAAACAGUACAUGCAGCUCGGAGGCAGGGUCUUGCUGGUUCUGAUGUUCAUGACCCUCCUUCACUUUGACGCCAGCUUCUUUUCUAUUGUCCAGAACAUCGUGGGCACAGCUCUGAUGAUUUUAGUGGCCAUUGGGUUUAAAACCAAGCUGGCUGCUUUGACUCUUGUUGUCUGGCUCUUUGCCAUCAACGUAUAUUUCAACGCCUUCUGGACCAUUCCAGUCUACAAGCCCAUGCAUGACUUCCUGAAAUACGACUUCUUCCAGACCAUGUCGGUGAUCGGGGGCUUGCUCCUGGUGGUGGCGCUGGGCCCUGGGGGUGUCUCCAUGGAUGAGAAGAAGAAGGAGUGGUAACAGUCACAGAUCCCUACCUGCCUGGCUAAGACCCGUGGCCGUCGAGGACUGGUUUGGGGUGGAGUCAACAAAACUGCCAGCUUUUAUGUAUCCUCUUCCUUUCCCCUCCCUUGGUAAAGGCACAGAUGUUUUGAGAACUUUAUUUGCAGAGACACCUGAGAAUUCAUGGCUGGUCUGCUCUGGAGCCACAGUCUGGCGUUUGACCCUUCAGUGCUGGCCAGCCUGGCAGUUGGAGGCCUCCCCCAUGCCAAGGCUUUGGAGUGAACAGCCCGCUUGGCUAUGGCAUCUCAGUCCUAUUUUUGAGUUUGUUUUGUGGAGGUGCAGGAGGGCCUUCAGGCUGUGCUGUGAGCAGACACAUUGGUAUCACCAUUCAGAGCAACAACCUCCCUCUUAUUUUUAAGUUUGUUUUUAGUGAAAACUACUAAAUGAUUUUGGGUGGUUCAGCCAAACUUCAGAACGGUUAAAUCUCCCUGGUUUAAAAUCACACCAGUGGCUUCAAUGUUGUUCCUGCCCCUGUAUUGUAGUAUUUUAUAGGAACAGUGAAAACAUUUAGGGACACCCAAAGAAUGAUGCAGUAUUAAAGUGGUGGAAGCUGCUGUUUAUGAUAAAAGUCAUCGGUCAGAAAAUCAGCUUGGAUUGGUGCCAAGUGUUUUAUUGGGUAACACCCUGGGAGUUUUAGUAGCUUGAGGCAAGGCCGAGGGGCAAAGGAGUACUUGGGAAGCUGCUGGUCUGGGUGCUGCUGGUCUCAGAGCUGGCAGUGGGGAGGGCUAGUGAGACCACACACGGGGUGGCCCCAGCAGCAGCACCCCGCAAGCCAACCUGGCCAGCUGCUCCUCGGACCAGCUUGGGGAGCUGCAGCCGCUGUGGGCAGGGGGUGUGGCGGGAGCUCCCAGCACUGGAGACCCACGGACUCAAUCCAGUUACCUCACAUGGGGCCUUUUCUGAGCAAGGUCUCAAAAGCGCAGGUCACCCUGGCUGAGCAGCAUCCUCCUUUCCCAGCUGCACUCGCCCUGUGGGCAGCCCGACACGCCACUUUCCCGAGGCUGUUGCUCACUCAGAUUGUCCGUUUGCUAUGCCGAAUGCAGCCAAAAUUCCUUUUUACAAUUUGUGAUGCCUUACCGAUUUGAUCUUAAUCCUGUAUUUAAAGUUUUCUAACACUGCCUUAUACUGUGUUUCUCUUUUUGGGGGGUUUAACUGCUUGUUGCUCCCUGUCGUCUGCACCAUAGUAAAUGCCACAAGGGUGGUCGAACACCUCUCUGGCCCCUAGACCUAUCUGGGGACAGGCUGGCUCAGCCUGUCUCCAGGGCUGCUGCGUCCCAGCCCCAAGCCUGCCUCCAGCUUGGCCUCUUGUCCGUUGGCUCUGCAGGGCAGCGGUGAGGGAGGUUUCUGCUCAUAAGUGCUUUUGGAAGUCACCUACCCUGAGGAGGGGACACCUUUUUAACACAGCCGAGCUAGUCCCAACACGUUUGCAAAUCUUCCCCUGGUGGAAGAUUUUACCCCCUAAUAUUGGUAAGAUCAAGCAACGGCUUCAGGACAUGGGUUCUUUCCUCCUGUGACCAUUCAAGUGCUCACUGCACGAAGACUGGCUUCUCACUGUUUCAACCUCACCAGGGCUGUCUCUUGGUCCACACCCUACUCCCCAUCAGUGCCGUAUGACAGCCCCAUCAAAUGACCUUGGCCAAGUCGGGGUUUCUCUGUGGUCAAGGUUGGUUGGCUGGUUGGUGGAAAGUAGGGUGGACCAAAGGAGGCCACGUGAGCAGUCAGCACCGGUUCUGCACCAGCAGCGCCUCCGUCCUAGUGGGUGUUCCUGUUUCUCCUGGCCCUGGGUGGGCUAGGGCCUGAUUGGGGAAGAUGCCUUUGCAGGGAGGAGAGGGUAAGUGGGAUCUACCAAUUGGUUCUGGCAAAACAGUUUCUAAGAUUUUUUGCUUUAUGUGGGAAACAGAUCAAAAUCUCAUUUUAUGCUGUAUUUUAUAUCUUAGUUGUGUUUGAAAACAUUUUUGAUUUUUGGAAACACAUCAAAAUAAAUAAUGGCAUUUGUUGUA